UGAGCUACUGAUCACAAGCCUCACUUUUCCACCUGACUCAGUGUCUUAAAGAUGGUGCUCCUUUUUGCCGUCCUGUGUGGGUGUGCCGUGGCUUUGGAUCCCGCUUUUAAGUUUGAUUGGAGACCUCCCCUCGAAGUCAUUCCUCAUGGACCUCCUCGUGCUCGUGUCCGUGUCGUGGGUGGUUCUGAGGCAGUACCACACAAAUACCCGUACCAGGCUGCAUUGAUUCAAGGUGUGGCUUUUGUCUGCGGAGGCGUCCUGGUUAGUGACCAGUUUGUGCUGACUGCUGCCCAUUGCGUGACUUCGUGGAAAUCAAAAUACUCGGUACUUUUGGGCGGCCACGAUGUAUCAGGCUGGGAGGCAUAUCAUCAAGUAAUUGACGUUGAGAAAAUAUUCGUUCAUCCGGAUUACACUUCCGAUUCGGUGAUAUCGAGCGACAUUGCGGUAUUGAAACUACAGAAGAAGAUUAAAAGGAACAGUAAAGUCUUCCCCAUUGACCUGCCGCAGAACGACUUGUAUGCUGGAAUGCCCUUAGUGAUAACUGGUUGGGGCGUCACCAAGACAGGAGUAAAACCAUUUACGGUUCUCCAAGAAAUGUCAACUUCUGCACUCAGUCUGAGUCGAUGCAAGCAGAUGUUUCCAUGGUUGGACAGCAGCAUGUUCUGUGUGUACGUGCCAAGAAAGCCAGCAUCCACAUGUAAUGGCGACUCAGGAGGUCCAGCAGCUUACAACAACUACGUCAUGGGGAUCGCUUCCUUUGGUGCGACGGGGUGUACACCAACGUACCCACAAGGUUUUACGAAUGUCUAUGAGGCCAAGGACUGGAUUGAGGAUGUAAUGGAAAAAUCGGGAAGUCCUGCCUCCGGUCCCUCGUUGACUAGUCCGUGCACUCUUUUAGUUCUGUGUUUGGUACUGUGUUUAGUGUACUUCUUUCUGUAAGAAUGUUUCUAAGGCGGGACUUGGAGUUCCCUUAAGGUUGAAUGGAACUUAUUCAUUUGCUUAUUUUCUAUUGAAAUAUGUAACUUAAUAAAGGACUCCUAUAUCAUGUAAA